AUGUUGAAGGAUUGCAUCAACUAUUCCAAGGGAUGUGAAGCUUGUCAAAGGCACGGCCCAAUCCAGCAGGCUCCUUCUGUUCCCAUGAAUCCAGUGGUAAAACCAUGGCCUUUUAGGGGAUGGGCAAUGGAUCUCAUUGGCAAAAUCUAUCCAGCCAGCAGCCAGCAGCAUUGUUUUAUUAUUGUUGCCACAGACUAUUUCACCAAAUGGGUAGAGGCCAAGCCAAUCAAAACCACAACUUCUCAAGAGAUCAUCACCUUUAUAGAAGAACAGAUCAUACAAAGGUUCGGCAUUCCAGAAUCAAUCACAACUGAUAGGGGUUCUUCUUUCAUAUCUAGGGAUAUGCUAGAUAUGGCAGAAACAUUCAAGUUCAAACUGCUUCAAUCUACCCCUUAUUAUGCUCAAGCUAAUGGACAGGCAGAAUCAAGUAACAAGGUGAUUAUCAAUAUCAUCAGAAAGAUGCUGGAGAAGAAUCCAAAGCAGUGGCAUGAAAAGUUAUCAGAGACUUUGUGGGCAUACAGAACUUCAAAAAGAGAAGCGACUGGCAUGACCCCCUAUGCUCUGACCUACGGCCAUGAUGCAAUUCUUCCCAUGGAGAUAGCAGUCCAGUCUCUUAGAAUUGCUCACCAGCACGGUCUCACAGGAGAAGACUACUCUCAAGCCAUGUUACUUGAAUUGGAAGAAUUGGAUGCAAGUAGGAUUGACACCCUCAACAAACUCUUAGCAGGAAAACAGGCUGUGUCAAGGGCAUACAACAAAAGAGUCAGAAACAAGAGUUUUGAAGAGGGAGAAAUAGUCUGGAAGGCAAUUCUGCCCCUUGGAGCACACAUAGCUGGAUAUGGGAAAUGGUCACCUACGUGGGAAGGCCCUUUUGUAAUUAACCAGAUCCUCGGAAUGGGGGCAUACAGGUUACAGGACCGAGAUGGAGUUAUUCACACUGCCCCAAUCAAUGGCAAAUGGUUAAAGAAAUUCUACCCAACCAUGUGGGAUUCGCAGGCUGUACAGACAGACCCAGGGAUAGAAAAAGAACAAGGCUGA